CAUCAGCUGUUCUCCUCAAGCAGCAAGCACCGCCGCUCGACUUCGCACUUGUAGCCAUCGAGAGUUCUUCCAAAGCCAUGAAGCCCUUCUGCAUCAUCACCGCCGCCCUCUUCGGCGCCUCCUGCGCUCUCGUAGCGCCACCCAGCCCUCCCAGCCCUCCCGGCCCGCCCGGCCCGGCGGGAUGCCGCCCUCAAGACCCGCCCACCGUCGCCGAAGUUCAGGCGCUGCUCGGGCAGUUCGGCGUACUCGUCGCGAGCCGCCGCGUCAACGAGACGCUGCCGCUCUUCACGGCCGACGCCACGUGGUGGGUGGUGGGCGACCCGGCGCGCGUGCCCUUCUCGGGCGAGCGGCCGGCCGCGGAGCGCGCCGCGUCGGCCCAGCGCAGCUUCGAGGGCUUUGCCGAGUUCCGCACCUCCACCGUCUCGGCCGCCUUCACGCCCGAGCGCUCCGUGCUCGAGGCCCACCUCGAGGGCACCAGGCCCGACGUCCCGGCCUUCCCGCUCUACAAGCAGGACAUCGCGCUGGUGUUCACGACGGUGCGGGUCGCGAGCUGCGCCGUCAAGAUCAAGAGCAUCAGGGAGUAUUUUGACUUGGUUACACUAAUGGCAUACGCCAAUGCUACGGGUCUAGAGCCGUGAUUGCUUGAGGG